AUGAAUAGGUUUCAAGUUCUGAAGUACAGCAGUUUUUUGGCGCAAAAAUCACCUCUCGUAAUUAUAAACUCCCCCAUAAAACGUUUUAGAAGACGGUCAACAUGUGACGAAUGCGUAACUCCAAUUGAAAAAAAACCGUGUUUCGAUAUCAACGAGGUGGUAGUGGAGCGUGGGAACCAGUGUCACGCGAAGCUUAUCAAGUCUUUUCUUUAUAACCACUACUGGCCAAGGGAGCCCAGCGUUGUUGGACUCUGGAUGUGUCUCAACUGCCCAUACCUUGAAGUUCUUACGGAGAAAUAUUCUCAUUCUGGUGAUCGUCUUUUAGCGCUAGAAUUGGUGAAACGUACCAAAAAACGGAAACUAGUGGGAGUAUGCGUCGCGAAUAAAACAUUUUCUUGGAUGGCAGAGGAAUUAGAAGAAUGGGCGCAUUACACACCGUCCAGCCCUGAACGGAACAGAAUGUACUUUAUCGCGCACUGUUUGAAAAACCCCAAUUUAUUUAAUAAAUAUAAUGUCAAAUAUUUAUACGAUGUCGAGGUCCUCGCUACGUCGUCGGAUGUGGCUGGACAAGGUGUAGGCACCCUCUUGUUGCGGACUGCCCUCGAUCACGCAGAAGAACUCCGACAUCCUCUUGUGCAAGUUAUUGCCGUCAGUCAAUACAUGUCAAAAAUUUGCGAAAAUUGUGGUAUGAAGCGCGAAUGGUCGAUGAAUUAUUCGGAUUUUAUCGACGACGCUGGUCAAAGAGUGUUCUUCCCGCGAAGACCGCACCACGCGGUCAAUGUCUACGUGAAACAUUUCGACCCCGCGUUGGGAGGCCGAGUGACUUGCAAGCCAUCCUUCAUG